AUGGUGGAGACGUUAAGCAUCGUGAAAGGGUCUUUCGAUAUGUCCCACUGCUGCCGUCACACAUUUUCCUCGCUCGCGUAUCUUGAGCAAUUUGUCAAAGUGGCAGUUUUCGCUGUGGCUGACGGUGCGGAUGUGCCGGUGGGUGAAGCAACAAUACCGAUUGCAGACCCGAAGGCUGAGACCAUGACUGGGUGGCGCCUCAUGCAGGACUUCGAGGAAACGGGGGAGGUGGAGCUCCAAGUUAUCCUUCCAGGAGAUGAUCCAGGAGAUCCUGCAUCGCUGGCAGAGACUGCUGACAAGUCUACGGAAAGCUACGACUUGGAAGCAAAGUAUGCCUCCGUUGCCUCAAAGUCUGUGGUUGAGUCUGUGGGCGAGCUGCAGUCAAAGCAAGACUCCGCCGAGUCUAUGGUUCCAGAGCCUACGAGCCAGAUGUCGGACACGCCGAUGGAGAAGGGCGUCGAGGCGACCUUGUCGACCUUGGCGACCGUCUCUGCCCUCAAUGCAGGUGACCGGGCCCAGGUCUAUUCAAAGUCGAGUGGAGCUUGGGUGGUGGCCUCCAUUGUGCACGUGGACCACGCGCGUUGCGAGGUCAUUGUGCAACAUGGCGAGCACCGGAAGGUCAUAAACCUCAAGUCCCCACAUCUCUCGGAUUUUUUCCGCCCGUGGGGAGCACUGGAUAGCCCGACCCUUUCUGGCUUGGCGCUGGGAUCAGCUGUGGAAGUUUACUCACAAAGCGCUGGUCGCUGGAGCGCUGGUGAGAUCUGCCGCCUCGACAUACAGCGGCAGGAAGUCUCCGUGGAGUACGAAGGGAGAGUAAAGACCGUGAAGCUGACAGCGCCAGAGCUUCACACUUACUUCCGCCAGAAGACAUCGUCGAACCCGCCGGUCCAAGUGCCAGGUCCAAAUCAGGCCAGGCCUGUGGCUCCAGUGGCUCCAGAUGUCACUGGUGCAGUUGGAGUCCCUGGAGUCCCCGGAGUCCCCGGCGUCCCCGGCGCCCCCGGCGCCCCUGUCCCUGGCAUCCGGCAAGCGCCGGCAGUCCCAGCUCAGGCACCUCAGCAAUACCAGGCGGUUUUGAAACGGGAGAUCACACCGAAUGGGAUGCCUGCAGGCAUGCCUGGACAGGUUGGAUCUCCUGGGUGCAUCUACACAGCACCGGGCGUAGGGUAUAGGAUCGAAGCUCCAGCAGUGAAGGGCCAAAUGGCAGGGGCACCUUUGCCAAAUUAUGUGGAGGCUGCCAAGCCGCAGUAUCCACUGGCCUACGCAGUUCCCACGCAUCCUUCGCCGGCUUGGGCGACAGGACGACCCUCCUGA